GAUCUCAUUCAGUUAGGAUAAACGAGUAACUGUCGUGAGAUACAAACAACGUAGUCUGGUCAUUCAAUAUACAAUUAUGUUAAAAAACUUGCCGUUAUCACUAGUGCUGCUGUCGAGUGUUGUUUAUCUUGUAUGCGUUAGCGCACAACAACGAAUCAAAAAAUGUCCUCAAAACUGUAAGUGUUAUAGAUCUAAUGCUGCGAAAGGUUUGGACGUCGACUGUAGCAACCAAAGGCUCACUGAUCUGCCAUCGUUGCAGAAGAAUAUAGUAACCCUAGUAAUGUCAGACAAUCAAAUGGUCCAGCUCUUACCGAGAAGUUUCACUCGGACGAAAAGGAUUCAAAAUAUAUAUUUAUACAGGAACCGUAUCUGGAGAGUUCACUGGGAGGCAUUUCAAGGACUUAGGACCUUGCAAAUUCUGUCGUUGUUUGGUAAUCAAAUAACAGAACUCAACAAUGGCACAUUUAAAGAUCUUUCGUCUUUGAAAAAAAUAUAUCUUUACCAAAAUAAAAUCCGAAGUCUGAACACGCAAACAUUUGUAGGCCUUUCAUCCUUAGAGUUUUUAUCACUACGAGAUAACGACAUUCAAUACAUUGAACCAGGAACAUUUGCCCCACUCGUAAAACUAGAGUCAUUAUUCCUCUUCCGGAAUAACUUAACGAAAUUGACAAAUGGUAUGUUCCAGGGGCUAUCAUCCCUACGAACGUUGAUAAUAGGUUUUAAUCGAAUAAGCGAGAUUGAGAAUGAAGCAUUCCAAGGUCUUUCAGGUCUCACAGAAUUAUAUUUAGAUAACAACAAGCUUGAAAGAGUGACAUCGAGGAUGUUUGCUGAUUUAGUAUCUUUGCGGAAACUUCAUAUUUACCACAACGACAUCAAGACAAUCGACCCUGGUUCUUUCUUCCGCCUUCAAGAGCUUAACCUUAUAUCUGCGCACAAUAAUAGGUUGAAUCUUAUUACGCGAGGAACGCUUGCUGGCCUCAGAGCGGUGCGAGUUUUAGAAUUUCAAGCCAACGAAAUCGCACAUAUUGACUCAAAAAGUUUCUUAGAUUUACGAGAUUUGCGGACGCUGUAUCUUUACAGAAACAAUAUUAGUAUUAUCCUGAAGGAUGCAUUCCUUGGCUUAGAAAAUCUGGUUGACCUGCAUUUAGGCUUGAACAUGAUUUCAGAAAUUGAGGACAACGCUUUUCAAGAAUUAAAGAAACUAACAACACU